AUGGCGGAGGCGAAGAAAAUGAGAAGCGACGCGAGUACCAGCGGUGGUGGUGGAAAUGAUAACAGCAGAGGUGAAAGUGUCGUAAUCGAUGUCGGUCGCCGUAAAAGCUCAUGCGGUUACUGUAAAUCCGGUAGCCGCACCAGUAUUUCCCAUGGGUUAUGGGCAGAAAGUUUGAAUGUUGAAGACUAUCAAGCUCUUCUUGACAGAGGCUGGAGAAGAUCUGGCUGCUUCUUGUACAAACCUGAGAUGGAGAAGACUUGUUGCCCUUCUUACACUAUCCGUCUCAAUGCCAGUGAUUUUGUUCCUUCUAAAGAGCAACUUCGAGUGGAUAAAAAGAUGCAGAGGUUUCUUGAUGGCCAGUUAGAUGCAAAAAGAUCGGACAAGUUAUUAGAUGAACAAAAUUCAUGUGGGGGAUCAUGCAGCAAUGCAAAAAAUCGAAGAACAAGUUCUGCUGCAAAGGAGUCCUUGGAAGCUGACUAUGAAGGUAAAGACAAAGCCCAUCAGUUUAUGCAUUAUGCAUCACAGCAGAUUGAUAAUAUAGUACAAUCAUGUGUGAAAAAUGGGGAGUUUUUCUGCGACGUUCAGUUGCCCAAAGCUUCUGUCAAAAAGGUUGCACCUGCUAAAAGAAAACUACUAGCAGAAGUAUCGGAAGAUCUCGUAUAUUCCUGCAAUAUUGCGUUCCAGAUUGCAGCUACUCUAAGACGAAGCAAGACGGAUGCUGAGCUGACAAAAUCAUUAGAACAAGCUGUCAGGGAAAAUAGACACCCUACCGAGCUUUCUCCUAAGUUGAUUGCCGAAAUUUUGGCAAGUCGGUUAAAGGAGCUGGCAAAAUUGUCUGGUUUGUUGAUUAGAGCUUGUAAUGGACACAUCAAUUUUUAUUCUACCACAGAGCAGGCUCACUCAGUCGAAGGUGGAAAUGCUACAAAACCAACACAAUCUUUUACAGCAAGUGGUGAUAACCGUUGUUUAAAGAAAACCAGUGGACAACCCAAUGGCCAAAAGCGCAUGUUUGAGAUUCGUUUGAAAAGUUCAAGCUUUGAUUAUGAAGAAUAUUCUUUGUAUAGGAAGUACCAACUUAGUGUCCAUAAUGACACAGACGAUCAUGUCAGUGAAAAUUCGUACAAAAGAUUUUUGGUUGACACUCCCUUGGUAUAUGUUCCACCAGAUUCUUAUGGUGCAGUUCCUCCUUCUGGCUUCGGUUCUUUCCAUCAGCAGUAUGUCAUUGAUGGGAAGCUAAUUGCAGUAGGCGUCAUUGAUAUCCUCCCAAAGUGCGUGUCUAGCAAAUAUCUAUUCUGGGACCCUGACCUUGCCUUCCUGUCACUGGGCAAAUUUUCAGCACUGGAAGAAAUAAGAUGGGUUAGAGAGAAUCAAGUACAUUGCCCCAGUCUCCAGUACUACUAUCUUGGCUAUUACAUUCACUCCUGCAGCAAGAUGAGAUACAAAGCUGCAUAUCGACCAUCUGAGCUUCUCUGCCCUCUUCGCUAUCAGUGGGUUCCAUAUGAUGUUGCAAAGGUACUUCUAGACAGGAGAAAAUAUGUGGUCUUAUCUGAUAUUGAUCCUUCACAAAAUGGAGAUUCAUCAUCACCCCAACCUAGAAAUGUUACCGAUAAUUAUAUGGAAAUGGUAGAGCAACAUGAUGAUCCUUUCCAGGAAGGUUCGAAUGACAUUUAUGUUAAUUAUGAUGAAGAAAUGACUGAACUUGAUUCUGGGGAUUCAGAUGAUGAGUCAGACUCUGAAUCCAGUGAUCCAACAACAGUGGAAUCAGAAGAUGUUGAUGCCAGUAAUAUUUUGAUAGGGAUAAAGGAAACUCGUCUUAAAUACAAGGAUCUUCAACAAGCUUUUGAACCCAGUCAGAGAAAGUUAGUAGAGAUCCAGUUGCACCAGUACCAGAGAGUUGUGGGCAAGGAGCUCUCUGAAAGAAUGGCAUACAAACUGGGAUGA